AUGUUCUUUCAAACAGGCAAUGUAACCCGUGAAGGUAUGUGUGAGCCAGUAGCCAUAGAAACACAGUUUCUGGUCCUUUAGAGUCUAGUCAGUCAACAGAGAGAGAGAGCGAGCAGUCAGUGUAAAUCUCGUAAGAAGAGACAGUAUUAUUUCGGGAAAAUUAGAGGAGGAUGUUCAGGUUCAUUGGGAAUUAGAAACGUUUAACGGAAAUCGGUAUUCCGUUGAGCUGCCAUAG